AUGGAAGGAGGGGUGGAGCACGUGCAAGUGCGCUCGGACGAGAUCAACAACAAUAACGUGCAAACGGCCAGCACGUCGCCCUACCGCUACACCGACCUCUCCACCAACCUGCCCCUCGAACGACCCUCUGCCGUUCAACCUGGCGUGGCGCAGUGCGACAUGUGCUUUCAGCGGUUUGGUACGUUCUCGCUGCUCUACAAGCACCGGGCACGGCCCUGCUUCGAAGACGGCGUCACCCAGCCGCCCUUCCCGCACCCCGUCAAGAUCGCGUUUCACCGCGACCACCUCCUCUACAUCGGCGACAUCGUCCAUGCGCUCAACCUGCCGCUCCAGGACGAUGAGGAGCGCGAGGGGUGGGUGUGGGUGGUGGUCGACAGAUCGAUGUUCGAGAUCACCAUGCGCCGGUUCUACGUGGGCCAGGUCACUAAGUACAACCUCGAGCAGUGGUACCACCCGCUCGAUGCCAAGGCCACCGCCCAGGGCGCCCACCACAAAGGUACCAUGAGCGAGGAGAGGGAAACCUUCAAGGCGCAGAAUCCCGACGCGGGCAUGACCGACAUCCUCAAGCUCAUGGGCGAGGCCUGGAAAGACAUGCCACAAGCGCAGAGAGCGUUAUUACGCUAUGAAGCCAUGGCCGCAGCGGACAAGGCGAGGUACACCGCCGAGCUGGCCAGCUCUGGAGCCAACACCCAAUUAAAUGAGUGGAUGGAAUAA